GGGGUGGGUGAGUGCUGGCCGUAGGCCCUCAGUCGUGUGUCCCGGCCGCCGCCCCCGCUGUCGCACCGUGUCCGCCCCUCGCCUGCCUUUAGAGGGUACAGGGGACGGCCAGGGUUUUGAGUGAUCGCGCAGCCGCUAAACAUCUGCGUCAUCCUCCUUUUCUGUCAGGCGGCUCUUCUCUGCCGGGUCCAGGUCGAGGGGGAAAAUGGCGCCGGCGCCCCUAGGCGUCCGGGAGGAGCGGUUGCGGGGUUAUCGGUCCGAACCGCUUUCCCGGCUCCUCUUCCUUGCCCAGGCAGCUCUCCUCCUGCUGCCCAUCGCCCGAGCAGGUCUUUGCCCCGCACCGUGCUCUUGCCGCAUUCCUCUGCUGGAUUGCAGUCGCAGGAAACUGCCCGCGCCGAGCUGGAGGGCGCUGUCGGGCCCAUUGCCCCCAGACACCGCUAGCCUGGAUUUGAGUCAUAACCGGUUGUCUAACUGGAACAUCAGCUUGGAAUCACAAACAUUACAGGAAGUGAAAAUGAAUUACAAUGAACUAACAGAAAUCCCAUAUUUUGGAGAACCAACAUCUAAUAUUACUCUACUUUCAUUAGUCCAUAAUAUAAUCCCAGAAAUAAAUGCAGAGGCGUUCCAGUUUUACCGUGCUCUUGAGAGUUUAGACCUUAGCUCAAAUAUGAUAUCAGAAAUCAAGACAUCUUCAUUUCCUCGAAUGCAGCUUAAAUACUUGAAUUUGAGUAAUAACAGGAUAACCACCUUGGAGGCUGGUUGCUUUGAUAAUUUAUCGAGUUCCUUAUUAGUGGUGAAGUUAAACCGUAACCGAAUUAGCAUGAUUCCGCCUAAGAUCUUCAAGCUACCUCACCUCCAGUUCUUGGAACUUAAAAGAAACCGGAUUAAAAUUGUGGAAGGUCUUACAUUCCAAGGGCUUGACUCCUUAAGAUCUUUGAAAAUGCAACGGAAUGGAAUUAGCAAACUUAAAGAUGGAGCAUUUUUUGGCUUGAAUAACAUGGAAGAACUAGAGCUGGAACACAAUAACCUUACACGAGUGAACAAGGGAUGGUUGUAUGGCUUACGAAUGUUACAGCAGCUCUAUGUGAGCCAGAAUGCUAUUGAAAGAAUCAGUCCUGAUGCAUGGGAAUUUUGCCAAAGACUGUCUGAACUUGAUUUGUCUUAUAACCAGCUGACCCGCCUGGAUGAGUCUGCCUUUGUAGGUCUGAGCUUACUGGAGAGAUUGAAUUUAGGGGACAACAGAGUCACUCACAUUGCUGAUGGUGUGUUUAAGUUUCUUUCCAAUCUCCAGACACUAGACUUAAGAAACAAUGAAAUUUCAUGGGCCAUAGAAGAUGCUAGUGAAGCCUUUGCUGGACUCACAAGUCUCACUAAAUUAAUCUUACAAGGAAACCAGAUUAAGUCAAUUACAAAGAAAGCAUUCAUUGGUCUUGAAUCCCUUGAGCAUCUGGAUUUGAACAACAAUGCUAUAAUGUCUAUCCAAGAAAAUGCUUUUUCUCAGACUCACUUGAAAGAACUGAUUCUGAACACAAGCAGUUUGCUCUGUGACUGCCAUUUGAAGUGGUUACUUCAAUGGCUGGUUGAUAAUAACUUUCAACAUUCUGUGAAUGUAAGCUGUGCACACCCUGAAUGGCUAGCAGGGCAAAGCAUCCUGAAUGUGGAUCUGAAAGACUUUGUCUGUGAUGAUUUUCUCAAGCCACAGAUGAGGACACAUCCUGAAAACACAGUUGCUCUGAGAGGCAUGAACGUGACUUUGAUAUGCACUGCAGUGAGCAGCAGUGAUUCACCCAUGUCCACUGUGUGGCGCAAAGACAGUGAACUCCUCUAUGAUGUGGAUAUUGAGAAUUUUGUUCGUUAUCGGCAGCAAGCUGGAGAAGUUCUGGAAUAUACCAGUAUCUUACAUCUUUUCAAUGUGAAUUUCACAGAUGAAGGAAAGUAUCAGUGUAUUGUUACCAAUCACUUUGGUUCCAAUUAUUCUCAGAAAGCCAGACUGACUGUGAAUGAGAUGCCAUCUUUUCUGAAAACUCCAAUGGAUCUAACUAUUCGCACUGGUGCCAUGGCCAGAUUAGAAUGUGCUGCAGAAGGACACCCUGCUCCUCAGAUUUCCUGGCAGAAAGAUGGUGGUACUGACUUUCCUGCAGCUCGAGAAAGACGGAUGCAUGUCAUGCCCGAAGAUGAUGUCUUCUUUAUUGCCAAUGUGAAAAUAGAAGACAUGGGAAUCUAUAGCUGCAUGGCACAAAAUAUAGCAGGGGGCCUCUCAGCAAAUGCCUCACUAACAGUGUUAGAGACACCCUCAUUUAUUAGACCUCUGGAGGAUAAGACAGUAACUCGAGGCGAGACUGCAGUAUUACAGUGCAUAGCUGGAGGGAGUCCUGCCCCUCGCCUCAAUUGGACUAAGGAUGAUGGACCACUGCUGGUGACAGAACGACACUUCUUUGCUGCAGCCAACCAGCUUCUCAUCAUUGUAGAUGUCGGACUAGAAGAUGCUGGGAAAUACACCUGCAUUAUGUCUAACACCCUUGGGACAGAACGUGGCCACAUUUACUUAAAUGUCAUUUCAUCCCCAAAUUGUGACUCUUCCCAGAAUAGCAUUGGACACGAAGAUGAUGGCUGGACCACAGUUGGCAUUGUCAUCAUUGUUGUAGUCUGCUGUGUUGUGGGCACCUCUUUGAUCUGGGUCAUUGUUAUAUACCACAUGAGAAGGAAAAAUGAAGACUAUAGUAUCACAAACACAGAGGAGCUCAAUCUGCCUGCAGACAUUCCCAGCUACUUGUCUUCCCAAGGAACACUGUCUGAGCCACAGGAAGGUUACAGCAACUCUGAGGCAGGCAGUCAUCAGCAACUUAUGCCUCCCGUCAAUGGAUAUAUACACAAAGGCACUGAUGGCAUGAGCAUACUUCAGAUGACAUCCAGGGGAGGUUUGUUUCUCCUGCUGACAGGUGGCACUGGUACCCGGGUGAUCUGCUCAGAUUGUUAUGACAAUGCCAACAUCUACUCCAGGACCCGAGAAUACUGUCCGUAUACCUAUAUUGCUGAGGAGGAUGUUUUAGAUCAGACACUGUCCAGCCUCAUGGUCCAGAUGCCCAAAGAGACAUACUUAGCACAUCCUCCCCACAAUGCUGCUGCCCUGGAGAGCUUGAUAUCGUCAGCAGACAGAGAGCUGUCUGCCUUUCCCACCAACCAUGAGAGGAUGAAUGAGAAGAAACUUUCCUCCACACAGAUGAGCAGUGAAACAUUGCAGCGGCCUCCGUGGAAUGUAAACAGAGAACUAGGCCUGCCUCAUCCUCACUUUUCCCAGCAGCCAGUUCUUGAAUCACCACAACUUCAUCGAAAUGAGGGCCUGGCAGAGAGGGAUCCAGAUUGUUCCGCUUCCCCCAUGUCUUGCCACAGGUUACAGGACCACACUUUUGAUUUUAAUAGGACUCAGAACAUUCAAGAUGGUAGCGAGGGCACAUGAAACUCACUUCAGGAUGAAAUCUGGGCAAAGACUCAUUAAUUAAUUUUGUAUUUACUACCUCGGAGUUCAGAAGAAACCCCAAAGUCAGCAUGUAUUUUACUCUUUGUUUACGAUUACAUCUGACCACACCAAAGUGGGCCACACAUUUUUUUGGGCAUAUACCCAAUGAAGAAAGGGUAAUGGCUGACAGAAAUGGGUACACAUGACCGAAAUGUGCGGCAUCGGCAGAGGGAAGAUAAGGGGCAAAAGUGCUGAUGAUUCAGUGGGGAUGUGUCCAGGUGUGCAUUUGCCUAUCAGGAAGAGUCUCAUUGCUGCUUACCAUGCUGGAUUGUCCCAGUCCUCAGAAUGAUCCUGAGAAAGCAUCACUCCUUUGUUGUUCUACUUUGCCUUCUGAGGAGCAAAAAUAACUCUGGGGCCCUCUGGCAAAUGUGCCUGGGAUUCUUCAGUGGUUUUAAGUAGAUAGUUGAGAUUGGGGCUUUGAUAUUCAAGGUCUUUGGCAAGAAUCCCAGGCUUGACCAACUGGUACCAGGUUGAAGGCUUUUGUAUUCUUGUGAAUUUUUUUGUGUGUCCCUAUUGCCAAGGGAGCUCAUUGUAAAUAUAUGUACAUUUAUAAAUAAUUUUUCUAUUCAUUGA